AUGGUGCCUCCACACAUAAUCUCCGCCAUCAACGAGGCCAAGGAUAUCAUUAAUAAUCCUGAAACCAAGAAAGAAGAUGUCGCCCAGCUUCAUCAAGCUUGUGUCUCGCUUAGCAAGGUCUUAGAGGACCCCGCGGACAGACUCAUGAGCCAAGCCUUCCAGAUCCAAGAUUUGGUGAUUGCCAGAUUGGCCAUCCAAUUGGGAAUUUUUGAUCAACCUCAACCCAUAUUUGGGCCAUGUGAUGUGGCCGAUCACAGUGGAUGUGAUCCUGCGCUAUCCUCGCGUAUUCUGAGGGCUUUGGUUGGCCUGGGUCUUCUUGAUAUCACCGAAGAUGGAAAGUACAAACCAAACAAAUCCAGCAAAUCCCUCAAAGAAGGUGCGAUGGUUCAUGAUUGUAUUGUAAUGACACUUGAUAUCGCACUCAAAAUGUCUGCAAACACGCUUUCUUUCUUCGAAAGCAACGGGUAUCAUAACCCAACCAAUGCCAAUCGUGGUGUUUUCCAGCACACAUUUGGAACAUCAUUGCCUUUCUUUGAAUGGCUCCCAUCCCAGCCUCUGUUACAGGAUGCAUUUAACCGCUUCAUGGAGGCUACUGCGGGAGACGGAACUCCCGCACAGUGGGCUCAGUGGUUCCCAAUUGAGCCUAAAUUCCAGGAGUUGUAUGACAAAUCUCAUAAGGACAAAAAAUCUUUGACUUUUGUCGACGUGGGAGGAGGCCAUGGACACGAGGCCAAGGCAGUGAUGAGUAGAUUCUCCCACUUACCGUGUCGGUUCAUUGUACAGGACGGCCCAGAAUAUGUGAAAAGCCAUGAUGCCAUCUCAGAAGCUGGGACUCAGGGUUCUUUGGAACGCAUAGAGUACAGCUUUUUCAAUAAACAGCCAGUCGAGCAUGCUCAUGUUUACUUUUUGGGCAGGGUACUGCAUAAUUGGCCCGAGGUCCAAUCUCGUCAGAUCCUGGAAAACAUUCGUGCCGCGAUGGAUCAGGAUUCGGUUCUGCUCAUCCACGACUGGGUCCUUUCCGACAAUCCUGCGGAUCUGUCACCUGAACAAGCUCGGGAUGACUGGGCUAUGAUGACUCUCUUCUCCGCCCCAGAGCGAUCUGAGUCAGGAUGGCGAGCCCUGUUGGACUCUGCCCAGUUAAAGCUGGUAAACAUUUGGGCAUCACCAGAUGAUAAUGGCAGCCGCCGUGCGACAGUGUUGGAAGCCGUGGUCAAGACUUAA